GUAAACCUGGGUAAACCGUAAACAGUCAAUGUCGAAUUGACAUUUCAAUUAUAUCAUUUUAUAUUUUAAUGAACCAUCAACAAAGAUCAGCCGGCUAAAACUCAGAUAACCAUCAAUUUCAACGUAAAUAUUAAACGUUACAACAAAAUAUUAAUAUGUAAAAUGGAAUUAGAAGAUGGUUUCGAUGACUUGCUUGCAGAAAUAAGUGAACCAACUUCUCCGAAGAAAAUUAAACAAGAUCCUGAUUCUCAACCAGGAACAUCAAAAGAAGGCAACAAAUCUUCAGCAUCUAAAACUCACUGUGUCUUGGUCAAUCAGAAACAGAGAGGUAAUCCAUUACUUAAAUACAUACUGAGUGUACCGUGGGAAUAUGAUGAUGUUAUCCCUGACUAUGAGAUUGGUAAAACAAUAUGUGUACUAUUUUUAUCAGUACGGUAUCAUAACUUGAAUCCAGAUUAUAUAAAUAACAGAUUGAAGGAACUUGGGAAGAAAUAUGAUCUUAGAGUGCUUUUGGUACAGGUAGAUAUAAAAGAUCCUCAUGCUGCAUUAAAAAAUCUAACAAGAAUUUGUUUGCUUACUGACCUAACUUUAAUGUUGGCCUGGAGCCCUGAGGAAGCAGCCAAAAUUAUUGAGAAUUACAAAAUAUAUGAAAAUAAACCACCAGAUUUAAUCAUGGAAAAAGUUGAGAAUGAUCCACAUCAAAAAAUAGUAAAUGCCUUAACAUCAAUCAAGCCAGUAAAUAAAACAGAUGCUAUGACACUUAUAACUACAUUUGGAACAUUGGAAAAUAUAAUAAAAGCAACAGAAAGGAGGUUAGCGGACUGCCCUGGGUUUGGAGCGACAAAAGCAAAGAAACUGUAUAAAGCCUUACAUGAACCAUUCUUGAAGAAUAGCCAAAAUAAACCAGACGAAUUUGCAGGAGAUAUUAGUAUAGAAGAUGUUGAAAAUGCUGAAAAUAAUGUAGAUAGCUAAAAAAUAGAAAAUAAGUCUUAAAUUAUGAAAUAUAUAUUUUUUAUUGAAAAA